UGUGCAGCCCUCCCCUCACUUGUGCUCAUCUGCCGUGACCUCAGUCUGGCCACAGAAAGCGUCCCUGUCGGUGAACAGACCAGUCAAUGCAGCAGCAACAUUAAAUACACGCCACAUCCAGUCAGAGAGAACACACUGAAUACAGAGGGCUAAUUUGGGAGCCCCGGCAGCACUCCAACAACCACCUGCUCACUUCUCUCACUGAGCCGCAGACUCCGGUGCCGGGGCGGUGAGCAGAGACAGCAGGAGCAUUGCUGGAGUCUGUUAGACGAGCGGGGAGAAUGUCAGGGGGCAAGCAGCUACAGGACCUGGUGCUCAUUAAAGAACUGGAGCUCAUUUUGGAUUCCUGCACACUGGAGCUCUCCGCAGUGGAUGAAGUCUGGCCCAACCUGUACAUAGGAAAUGUGGCUGUGGCACAGAACAGAAAGACGUUACAUAAGCUUGGCAUCACUCACGUGCUGAACGCCGCGCACGCCAAGCAGGGCAGCAUCGGUGACCAGAGUUUCUACGGGAACACGUGUGUGUACUUUGGCAUCCAGGCUGACGAUUCAGAGCACUUUGACCUUAGUCAGUACUUCAAACCUGCGGCUGACUUCAUACACAGAGCCUUGAAGAGCAAAGAUGGGAAAGUGCUGGUGCACUGCAUCAUGGGCGUGAGUCGAUCGGCCACUCUGGUCCUGGUGUUCCUGAUGCUGCGGCAGCGUCUCUCUCUGAGAGAUGCUCUGAGGCACGUCGGCCAAAAACGGGCCAUUUACCCCAACCGCAACUUCCUGUCCCUCCUCCUCAAGCUGGAUGAGCAGCUGACACUCAAGCGGAGGUUGUGUCCUCUCCUCUGACAUCAGUCCUUCUCACAUCUCUCUGCUCCUUCAAUACCCCAGUUGCUUCAGGACCACUGUCUCUCUCUUUCCACGUGUCACACUCCGUUCUAGUCAGUAUUGUUGUAAAUGAUGAUUUGCUAUCACAAUGAGUAUGAUGUAGAUGUAGAGGGGUGUGUCUGAGAGUGGAGUGGCGUUUAAAUUCCAUCUUUUAUUCAUUUUUAAGGUUGUCCACUUUCCUUGCACAAGUUUAACUUCCGACUGCAGCAGCAACGGCCCUGCGUCGUUACAAAUUGUAAAUAUCAAAGUACAGUGUCAGGUUUGUUUUCAUUUUCAAACUGUGUUCAGAUGUUACCUCUCAGUUCAAGUGUUCAAAUGUUACCUCUCAGUUCAAGCCUUGUGCAUCUUUAUGAUUGUUGUGAUUGUCCAUUAAAGACAUUUUACGAUAUUUCAUUUAAUCUACUUUCAUUUUUGACAGGAUGGAGUUACAGUGACUGAUAAAUAAUUACCUGAAAUAUGUUUUAUUCUAUAUACCAAUCAUACUUUUUGAAUAAACAUUACACUGAACAG